AGACCCACGUGCAGCUGUGUGUAGCACUUUACUGUAGUACAUACACGAAAUGCGACUGUAUUUUGUUCAGUAUUUAUCUUCUUGUCUCCUGAGUGCCAAAAGUUCAGCUGACGUCACCGGCCACCGCCGCACGCGACCCCGCUGCCGACGUGGCGCGAGCUCGAGCGGAAAGGGUAGCGGGAGCGCGACUGUCUGUCAGCACAACUGAGCACCAUGUCGCAAGAUGAGACUGGGGAAGACCUUGCUCUAAAAUCUCCCCCUGCUGAUGAAACUGCCCCCGUACCUGCAGUCAAUACAGAUGAAGUCCCCUCCUUAUCUCAACUGUCACUAGACACACAAGCCUCUGACUCAAGCAGUAUGGCUGCAGAAGAGCACAGUACAGCCAAAGAUGUUAAAGAGAAGCAAGAACAGCUGCUAGAAGACAAACCAGAGGGUCAGGUGGCUGAAUGUGUGGAGUCUGUGAGUUUGGACCCAGAUGUUACUCAAGUAGAGGCUCAGGGAACAGAGGCCUCAGAUGAGUCUAAACCUAAAGGCUGGAGUAGUUGGGGAUCCUGGGGGAAGACACUUCUGACCACUGCCACAUCAACUGUGGGUCAAGGGUUUAGCUCUGUGAAAGAGAAGGCAGGUGUGGCGUUGCGGAUACGUCAGAGCUCAACAUGUGAGGAGGCAGAGGAGGCCCAUGAGCAUUCUGGGACGGAGCAGGCAGAACACGCUCAUGCAGAGGAGACGCACAGAGGAGUACUGUCAACCAUCAGCAGCGCUGUUCACAACACUGGAAAGUCAGUAAUAACUGGAGGUCUUGAUGCUUUGGAGUUCAUUGGAAAGAAGACCAUGAAUGUCUUAGCAGAGAGUGAUCCAGGCUUUAAAAAGACUAAGAUACUAAUGCAAAGAACUGUCUCUCUGUCUCAGAUGUUAAAAGAAGCGAAGGAGAAGGAGAGAGCGAGACUGAGCAGUCAGAUGGUCACAGAACCAACCGCACACUAUGGAAUCUUGUUUGAUGAUUACCAAGGCUUGUCUCAUCUCGAGGCGCUGGAGAUACUCUCCAUUGAGAGUGAAGGGAGGGUGCAGGAAUUCUUAUGCUCUUUGGAAGAGGAGGAUUUAGAAGUUCUGAAGAAGGAUCUGAUUGCGAUUAAAGAGAUCUUCAUCAGUCGUGAGGAGGAGGAACCUGAGGCCGCCUCAGGGGAAAACGGUGAUCUUUAUUCACAAAUUCAGUGUUCCACCCCUCUCUCUGCUGAUGGAGAGGAGUUUGUCAGUGUUCUUACCGAACUACUCUUUGAGCUCCACGUUGCCGCAACUCCAGACAAGCUGAACAAAGCCCGUAUUAAAGCUCAUGACUGGGUGCAAGAAGUGGAGAAGUCUCAGGAAGCUGUCAAGAGUGUAACGGAUGAAGCUUGCCCUGCUCCAGAAAAGGAGGGACCAACAGAUAAAAAGAAAGAGAAAGUUGAAGUGGGAGACAAUGAGGAAAGUAAUGCAAAGGAUGUGAAAACAGAUACUGUUGAGAAGGUGUAUCUGUCAUCAGUAGGCAGCCUUGCAGAAGUGACUGCUCGCAGUAUAGAGCAGCUGCAUAAGGUGGCUGAGCUGAUUUUACAUGGACAAGAGCUGGAGAAGCCAGCCUGCCAACAGGCCAGCAUUCUGGUCAGGCUAACCAGUGCCAUGUGUAAGGAGGUCAGAUGCCUGGCCCGAAAGUUCUCAGAUACAUUACUGGCAGUAGGGAGUCAAAGAAAAGCAGAAGAAGUAAAUCCUCUAGUGGACAGUGUGAUGCUGGAGGGUUCUAACAGCACUACCUACAUCCACAAUGCCUUUCAGCUGCUGCUGCCAGUUCUUCAGAUCUCGCACAUCCAGACCAGCAGAACUGCAGUCAAGCCAGACCCACAACCAGCAUCUGCAGAAUAGUGCCCUUUAUUCUGUCCUCGUGUGUGUGUGUCUGUCUGUGUUUGUCUGUAUUUAGGUACUGUAUGUUGCUUCACUAUGAGAGCUGAUGCCAAAAAAAGUGCAAUUCUAGUCUAUAUAUAGACUCUUACAACGAGAUAAUUAAGAAAAUACAAUUGAAACUCCUAACUUAUUUAGGAAGCUGCUUAUGUAUCAUUUAUCGUGAUACUAUAUUCGUUUAUAUCCGUUACUCUACCAAAAAGGAAGAUUAUUAAUCAAGUGUUGUAAAACCAGAGCAGGUUUGAACUGUUAUUCACAUAAAUUAAUCAAUCACUCAUGUACAUUUAUCAGUCUUUAUUUUUAAUGACAUGAACCAUGAACAUAAACUGUAAUAUAAAUUAUAUAAAACUAAAGACUGAAAUAUUCUAAGUGGGGUUUUUUUCAGUAUGUUAUGAAAAAAUGAUUUACUACAGGUCUCAGAACAUUCCAUUUUGUUCACUGAAUACUGAAAAGGCAAAGACGAUGGUAUGUUUUAAGAUGAAGUCAAUAUCAAAGCUGGAAGAUGGAAAGUGCUUUUAGGAAAAAAAUAAAUAGCAUUUUUAAUAGCCACAAGAGCUUUAAACUGGUGUUAUAAAAUUAGGAAAUCACAUUAGUGCAGCCGUAUUGGUAGUUAAAUGGAUAUUAGAGAACCAUGCAGCAUGCUUAAUGUUUUCAGCCUAGUUGUAGAAAUGCUCUCUCUCAUUUCAUUGAGCAAAUAGGGCAACAUAACACCAUAGUGUGAUUUAAAGUCUUGUAAGGGAGAGUUCACCUAAAAAGCUGUUCAUUUGAAAUGGCAAGGCCUUACAAGAUUAAUUUGGUUCAGCAGAACAUUAAGGAAGAUUUACAUGUGUUGCUUAUACCGUGAUCCUUGUUGUUUCAUUAAAUGCAAGUCAAUGUUUACAAGAGCUUAAUGGUAUAAAAAAUAAAAAGGUGUUAUGAUGCACUAUUAAUUAUU